AUGAGCCUGGCCCACACCACUGUGCUCCUGUGGGUGUGGGGCAGUCUCCAGGCCUUUGAAAUUGUGGAGAAGGAGAACAUUUUUCAGAAAACCCCCUGCCCAGCUUUCUUGAUGUUUGACAAUGCAGCCUACCUGGCCGACAUGAGCUUUGAGCUUCCCUGCCACUGCAAGCCAGAGGAGGUGUCAGCUGUGGUCUGGUAUUACCAAAAGCACCUAGGCAGCGGCCACACCAAAGUGCUGACAGACUUCGAUGGGCGGGUGCUGACGGAGGCAGCUCAAGUACGUGUGGGCAGUGACAUGCUGGUCCGCUUCAGCAUCCGCAUGUUCAGCUUGCUUGUUUUCCGGGCCCAGCCCGAGGACUCAGGCCUGUACUUCUGCGGCACCCGCAAGGGGGACUACUUUUACGCCUACGAUGUGGACAUCCAGAGCAGUGAGGGGAUGGUGGCCACCUUCAAGGACGAGGGCCAGGAGCCCUUUGAAGAUGAGUACCACGGGGACUUGCACGUCUUCACCACCUUCUGGGAGUGGACCCCCUGCGACCGCUGCGGGGUGCGCGGGGAGCAGUGGCGCAUUGGCCUCUGCUACUUGCAGAGCCCAGACCUCUCCCCACGCUACCACAAGACAAUGCCUGAUGUGGUGUCCUGUGGUUCGCAGGCUGUGCCAAGGAAGCUGCGGACUAUGGCCAGGGACCACACACCUGAGCUGCUGGUUCGGAGCUGCCUGGUGUCCUGUGAGAAGAGGAAGACGAUCCGAGAGGGCAUACUGGCCAUCUUCAAUUAUGUGUCCAAAGUGGGCAGCCGGCCCUGGGUGCCCCAGGUGCCCAUUCAGUUCCACAGGCAGAGGCUGGGCCAUGGACUUAUUAUCUCCUGCCCUGGCGCCCGGCCAGAGCAUGCUGUGGCCUGGGACAAGGACCACCAGCACCUGUACCGCACACAAUACCUGAAGGGCAUAAACAGGUCCAUGCGAGUGUUCAUCGACCAUGGCAACCAGCUCCACAUCCGCUUCACCCAGCUGAGUGACCGGGGCAUCUACUAUUGCUGGCGGCAGGGGGUGCGAGUCGCUGGGUUCCGGCUGGCUGUGAAAUCUCGAGGGCACUACCAGGUCUCCUUCUCAGACCCUGAGACUCGCUCUGUCCUCCAGCUCACCCUGAUAGGCUACCUGCUCAUCACAGCAGUCUUUGCCACUAUUCACCUCUGUCGUUGCUGCUGUUACUUAUUCCACUGUUGUCCCAACUUCUCCCCCUAGGCUCUCUCUUCCCCAGCCCUGAAGACCAGUUGUGCUUAAAUGUGUUUGUGAAAUGAUACCAGAUUCCUCUAAAUGGGCAUCCUGGCCUGGGACAUGUGGCAAAGAGGCGUGGACAAAUCUGUUACAAUCUGCUCCCCAUUUUCAUGGGUGGAUCUGGGGCCUGAUCUGGGAAGUGGGGAAGCCAGAGGCAGGUGGGAGUUUGGGGACUCAGGUCAGGCUGGAGGUAGCCAGGGUGCACGUUUUCUGACUUUACACUCGGAUCACAGAAGAAAUGAACCCAACAUUUAUCAAAUGUCCUACUCUGUG